GCAGACAGGUGGGGCAAGAUGGCUGCCGAGCGAGUGGUGCGGCUGGUGGGGAGCUCGUCUAGAACGGUGCUGCGUGGAGGAAUGCGGGCCCUCCUGCUGCUGCUGUGGUUGGCGGCCCGCGGGAGCGCGCUGUACUUCCACAUUGGGGAGACAGAGAAGAAGUGCUUCAUUGAGGAGAUUCCGGACGAGACCAUGGUCAUAGGAAAUUAUCGGACGCAGCUGUACGACAAGCAGCGCGAGGAGUACCAGCCGGCCACCCCUGGGCUUGGCAUGUUCGUGGAGGUGAAGGACCCGGAGGACAAGGUCAUCCUAGCCCGACAGUACGGCUCGGAGGGCAGGUUCACUUUCACCUCCCAUACCCCUGGUGAGCACCAGAUCUGUCUUCACUCCAAUUCCACCAAGUUCUCUCUCUUUGCUGGAGGCAUGCUGAGAGUUCACCUUGACAUCCAAGUGGGUGAACAUGCCAACGACUAUGCAGAAAUCGCUGCCAAAGACAAGCUGAGUGAGCUGCAGCUACGAGUGCGGCAGCUGGUGGAACAAGUCGAGCAGAUCCAAAAGGAGCAGAACUACCAGCGGUGGCGAGAGGAGCGUUUCCGUCAGACCAGUGAGAGCACCAACCAGCGGGUGCUGUGGUGGUCCAUUCUGCAAACUCUCAUCCUUGUGGCCAUCGGUGUCUGGCAGAUGCGGCACCUCAAGAGCUUCUUUGAAGCCAAGAAAUUGGUGUAGCUGUCUCAUGCCUCACAGGCCAUUUUUCCUCCCAGGCUGAGGGAGGAGGAGCCUCCUGGGCUGAUUUGUCUUUGGCAGGCAGCCUGUUUCUCCACCACUGCUGUUCUGGAGGAGAGUGGGGUGGCAAGCACCCCAGGCACGAGCUGAGGGCAGCAGCUUGACUCUGAUACUGAGCAGGUGCCUGUCACCCCAAUCUGUGGACCUUUUGCAUUAUCACUCAGACUGGUGAUGCCCCUGGUGUCUUAGAAUCUCAGUGUUAUUGAUCAGGGAUGUGAGGCUACUGUCUGGGGCUGAUGGGAGGGGAAUGGGUGGGCGGGCAAGCCAAUUUUCCUUUUGUCUUCCUUUUCUAAAGUGGGAUUUUGAGCAGGUCAGGGUGUGUCUCUUACUUCUUGCCACCCUAGUGGCCUUGCUUUUAAAACUUGCCUUUGUCCUAGAACCAGUCUGCUGAUCCAAGGUGUGUGUAUGUCAGUUCAAGGUGGGGUGAAGUGGCUCAGGUUGAUGCUGGCUUCUUAUGGUUGUCCUUUCUAGGGCUUGAGGAACUGGUGUCAUGCCAGGUGGAGACCUUGGUGCUUGUUGGGGACAGGGACUGCAGUCUUAGUUACUGGUUUUAUUUUGAGUUUUGUUACAUUGGUUUCCCAAUUAAAAAAAAAAAAAAGAAAAAAAAAGACAACUUCUCCCU